CUUUCUGAACGCACACACCGUGAAUCGAACUCAACAUCGGACAGAUUUUGCUCUACUUCUGAAAGCGUUUUCGCUCCAUAAUGACGUAUCUAAUUGUCGAAAUUUUCACUGUUAUAGCGUUGGUCCUCUGGCAAUAUCUGAAGUCGUUUGUUCAGUUUUUUUUCCCUCCUCCACGGAAGGACAUCAAUGGAGAAAUCAUUUUUCUGACGGGCGCGGGAAGCGGUCUUGGUCGCAUGUUAGCCUUCAAAUUUGCCAAGCUUGGAGCCACAGUGAUCUGCGUCGACAUAAAUCAAACUGCUAACGAAGCUACGGUGGAAGAAAUCAAAUCUCUUGGCUUCCAGGCUCGGGGCUAUAAGUGUGACUGUAGCAGCCGAGAUGACAUUUAUCGAGUGGCCGAACUUGUAAAGAACGAAGUCGGCGAAGUCACAAUUUUGAUCAAUAACGCAGGGAUCGUCAGCGGCAAAAAAUUCAUGGAAACAGAAGAUUGGAAGAUUCAGAAGACCUUUGAGGUUAACACGAUGGCACACUUUUGGACUACAAAAGCCUUUUUACCAUCCAUGCUGGAGAGAAACCAUGGUCAUGUUGUGACAAUAGCAUCAUCUGCUGGCCUGUUUGGAGUGUGUGGUUUGUGUGAUUACUCUGCGUCGAAAUUUGGAGCAGUCGGCUUUGAUGAAUCACUGAUGAUGGAGCUUAAUGCAAUGAAGAAGACUGGUGUCCAUACAACUGUUGUCUGCCCAUUCUUCAUUAACACAGGAAUGUUUGAUGGAGUGAAAACAAGGUAAAUCCAAGAAUUACUACAGUAGAAC